GGUAAAUUCACGACGUGUCAAUUACAGGCUUUUCUCCCCAAAGACCGCCGCGGCACAUCACUAUGUGGAAACUUUCUUCCGUUCGCAGUGCGGAAUCAAUAACCGAAAUUUGAGCAUCGAGGCUAUUUUCAAUCAGAAUCGGAGCUUAAUUGCGGAUUGCCCUUCAUCAGUGUUGGAACCGUAAAUUACUGAAAUGGAGAACGACGGCGAUAAAUCGUUAUUAACUGAACUGUUGAGUCCUAACCCUCAAGUGAAUCUUAAAAAAAGAAGGUUCCGUAGAUGUAAAAGCGCGCCAAUGAAUGAAAUUGGUGCGGGGGAAAUCGACAACUCAAAUGAUUCCCAGCCUCCGCCUCGCUCGAAUUCCUUUAUUGAUAAUAUCCACCCAAGCUUCAGAAGGGUAGCGCUUUACUUAAUUUUCUACUUAGUUAUUGGUACCGUUUGUUUUUAUUUUGUGAUGGAUCAGAUCAAAGGGGAGAAAGUAGACGGCGUGCUUGACUCUGUCUACUUUUGCAUAGUGACAAUGACAACGGUUGGGUAUGGAGAUUUAGUUCCUAACAGCACAGCAUCGAAACUUCUUGCUUGUGCAUUUGUCUUCUCAGGAAUGGCUCUCAUUGGUUUGACGAUUAGUAAAGGGGCAGACUAUCUCGUCGAAAAGCAGGAAGUAUUGCUCGUUAAGGCGUUGCAUAUGCGCCAGAAUCUCGGCCCCAGUGAAAUAUUGAAAGAGUUGGAAAACAACAAAGUUGAGUACAAGUGUUUUGUGUCGAUGGGCAUUCUCGCCGUGCUGUUUCUUGUUGGAAUGUUUGUUCUAGUACAGAUUGAGGGGUUAGGCGUCGUCGACGCAAUCUACUGUGUCUGCUCGACUAUCACGACUUUAGGAUAUGGAGAUAAGAGCUUCUCCACAAAGGGCGGGAGAGCUUUUGCCAUUCUCUGGAUUCUGACUAGCACGAUUUGUCUGGCUCAGCUUCUGUGCUAUAUCGCCGAGCUCAACACCGAGAGGCGACAGAAAGCCGUGGUCCAAUACGUUCUCACCAAGAAAAUGACGAACAUCGAUUUGGAAGCUGCUGAUGUCGAUGCAGAUGGGAAUGUCGAGGCUGCUGAAUACAUACUAUAUAAGCUGAAAGAGAUGGGAAAGAUCUGCCAAGAAGACAUCUCACUUUUGCUCCAGGAAUUCGGAAAUCUUGAUGUCGAUCAAUCUGGAACUUUGUCGACCACCGAUUUGAAGCUUGCCCAAUCAUCAUAUGCAACAACAACACACGUGUCAUAGUCCGUAUGUUUACUAAGUUGGAUCAUGUGAGAUCAUUUAAUCUUCGCGCGUUUUGAAUCAUCGCUCAAUGAUUAGAUAAUCUCACAUUAUCGAAUUUAGUAAUCAUGGCCCAGGUGUUCCUAACUAGGUAAGUUUUAAAUGCUUCUAUACAUACCUUUUUUGUGCGCGUAUAUACAUGUGUGUACACAAGCGCGUGUAUAUAUAUGUGCACGCGUUUGCGUACAGGCGCUUGAGUGCAUAUUUGGUGCCGCCGAUGUACCAUUUUUCGGCACAUCUUAAUAUGUUCUUUUGUUUAGUUGAAUUUUUGUUGAAAUGUGUGUUGUUUUCAUAAUAUAGGCAUAUGAUGUUCCUAUGUGAAUUGUGUUCUUCUAGUAUAUAAAAAAUUUCGAGGUUUUUUUAGUUAGUGAAAAUUGUGAAAUUGUUAUUAUAAUAUUUUUUUAUUAAUAAAAUAAUAUGUAUUUAUUCGAAAUAGUAUCAAAACAUUUUGCGUAAGUGAAUAGACCAAAAGUUGAUAUAACUAAUUUUUAUUCCCGAUUCAUUAGUUAUAAAAUGUUGAGCAGGCAUAUGUGAAAUGUUGGUUUAUGGUGUGUGUAUUUUGCGAGAGAAAAAUAAUACUCUCUCCCCGUCCCAUAACAAAGUAUCUAUUUUUCCAUUUUAAUCCGUUCUAUAACAAAGUAUCAAUUUUCUUUUUUUAGUAACUGUACUAUUAACUUAACAUUACAAAUACCCUUACAAUUUACAAUAUAUUACACAAAUGUCAUUACCUGUAUAUCAUACAUACUAAGAAGGUUAUUUUAGUCAUUUCAACUUUAUUCCUACUAUAUCCUAAUAUAAUGCUAAUAUAAUACUUCUUUAUGGGACGGAGGGAGUAUGUUUAUUGAAAACCGUACGAAGUAAAUAGUGGUGAUAUUGGUUUGAAAUCGCAAUUACACAUCCUUAAUUGUUGAAUAAUGUUGUAUAAAUCUGUGUAUUGUUUUCUUUAAUUUGAUCUGUUAUGUGUUGUUUCAUGUAUGAGUAACAGAUUGUGGAGAGUAUAUAGUAAACGAAUUGCAAAAAACAAAAAAAAAAAAAAAAGAAUGAACCUUCAACAAGAACUGUUUAUUCCAUUUGAGAGACCUUUCUUUUUUCCCUUUGAUUUUCAUUGUGAUUUGUUUUUUGUUUGGCUCAAAUUAAUUUGAAAUUGAUUGUUUAAUUGAAUUUUAUUUUUUUUAAAAAAAAAUAGUAUUGAAAAUUAUAUUGGAUAAAUAGUACUCCAUUAAUUUAGGUUUGAUAAUACAACCUAACACAUACUAAGUUUCUAUUGCUGUCUAUUAUAACUUGUGGUAACAAAUAGAUUGAGCAAUGAAUGUAUGAGAAUUGCUAUAGUUUUGAUUAAAUUUGUGUUUAUAAUUAUUUGAUUAGUCUAUUAUUUGGCGCUUAGAAAUGAGGAACUAUAUGUGCGGCAAUUCGGCAUGCUUAGAAAUGAGGAACUAUAUGUGCGGCAAUUCGGCAUAAAUUGAUACCAUUAUUGUUGUAUAGUGACGAAAUUUUAAAAUAUGUAUGUAUUCAAUUGAUUUAAUAGUCCUUCCAUCCGAUACAUUUAUGCAAGUUUGUUUGGACAAAACUAUAUAGUUUAUAAUAUUAAAAAAUAAUUGGAUAAAUAGGAAAAAUAUUGGCAAAUUAAUUAUAAUUUGUUAAGAUAUAAGGAAUAAAACUA